AUGUAUCAAACGCCACAAGGGAUCGUUUAUGCUAAUGACGAGGGUUCCGAUGGUACUUCAAUGUUUAUGAAUAGCAGUGGGAAGUGUAACAAUUCCGAAAAUCAACAGGCUACUCCUCAGUUCAUGUUUCCCAUUAAUUCGCUUACUUUACAACAGACUCUGUUACAAAUGAUGUCAACGGCGGCCCUAAAUGCAGCAGCGCAGCAAGAAAGCAGUGAACACUCCAGUUGA